AUGAGCGCCUUGUAUAGAGGUUUAAAAUGUAAUUCGCAUUUCCUAUCGCGGUACACUAUAGAACGAAAAGUCAAAAAAUUACUGAGGACGGCGAUUCGAAGUGUGCAUCUACAUGAAUUAGAAUCUUUUCAAAUUAUCCAAAUCCUAUUUAAAGAAUUUGAUUAUGGAGUUGGAGUGAACUGGACUUGUUUAUCACUCUUUUCAAAUCCUCUUGCUUGGUAUUUCCUAACUUGGAAUGCAUUUUCUUAUGCUAUUUUGGAUAGCGCUGAAGCUGCAGUUUUGCCAGCAACUGUGUUAUCUCGCUUGAUUACUCACAUGUCGCAAAAAACUUUAGAAGACUUGUUGCAAAGAUUGCUUCAAUUGGUUAUUCAUUUGAAGAGUGUUUCUAAUUCAAUGUCUUCUGUUUCUCGAAAACGAUCCACUUUUUUCAUAUUUGUUAUCGUGCUAGAGGCUAUUAGUCUGAAACAGUAUGCAAAGAUUGAAUUUAGUAGCAGAGAUAGCAAAAUAUGUCAGAAAAUGCUUCUUCUGUUAAGUGAAUUAGAAUGGGGAUUUCGUUCUUUAUCUUCCUCUUGGUCUACUUUGGAUUUUAUUUUUGCAGUAGCAAUGACGAGGGGUAAACAAAUGGUUGUUCCACAUGCAAAAAGCUUAAGCCAAACUUUACAUUGCUGGACGGUGGAAGGGAAAGAAUUUGAUAUUGAGAAGUUUUCAGAAAUUCCGUUUUUGUAUACUUUGCUUCUUGUUAAGCAGUUGCAAAAGUUGAGAAUUCAUAAAUUGUUAUCCGGCCAGAUCCCUGAUACUACUUUUGUAAAAUCAACCAUGGAAGAUCUUGAAAAAAUAUCAAAUUCUUGCUCGUUUUUGUUCUACGCUCUAAAGCAAAAUUCUCGAGAAGCCGUUAGUAAUGACUUUGUGUUAGAACUCUGUCUACACGACUUUCUAUUUGCAAAUACUAUUUCUUCUGAAUCCAAUGAGCCUACUUCCGCAAAUGAUCAAGAAAUGUUUAUGAUUCCUCUCGAUUGCUUAUUCAACUUUACCCUUCUACCCGUUCCUGAACAUGAGUUACAGGAUAUUAUAUCCUCUAAAUUUCAAUUAUAUAAACAAUCUACCAACAGGAAUUCUUUUCUGAAACAUCUAUUUUGUAUGAUCAGCCAAAAGAUUGUUUCGAAUCUGGAAAACUCACUUGUUCUUUUGAAAGCGUCCAUAGGCAUACUACCCUUCCUUACUGAGUCAGAGGGACAUGAAUUUCUUCAGCAAUUUGAAGUUUUGAUUCAAAACCUCCCAAGAGAGUAUCAGGACUCCACAAUCCUUCUUGUUGCAAAACAGCUUUCUACUCUUUCAUAUUCCCAUGCCUCAUCUUUUCUUCCCCACUGGGCUUCUUUACUGAUUUCUCCUGCUCGAUAA